UCUUCCUCAGUCUCAUCCAAGCAUUUCUCCAAUCCAGUCAGUCGGAGCAGAGGACUGGUUUGGCGAGCGUUUCAUUAGACUUUCAUCUUUCAUCGGUGGUUACAGUAGUGCUGGUUGAGUCGUGAAAUGCUCGAAGAAAGAGUCUCAGUUCGAGUUUUAGUCGCCUUUGCAUUUGUUUGCCUAAUUAACAGAUGCGUUGCCCAAGACUUAGAUUUUUGGGAGCCAAAAUCCGCCGACGAGCUGCGUGAAGUUAUACGAACAACCGUUGCAAGAAACAGUAAUGAAAGUGAAAACGAUAAUGCUCUGUCCAAACAGCUUCCCCCGUUGCCCUCUAAUCCGCUCUCUGGUGUCACUAGCUUUAUAAAAAAUGGCUGCCAGUGUGUGAGUGGUAUUUGUAGUUGCUGUACAGGUGUAUUCAGCCUAAAUGGUUGUAUGAAUCUUACCUACAUUCCCGAGGACUUUGCCUUUGAUUUUCGAAUGCUUAUUAACAACCGAGUGAUGUAUAGAAAUAAAAUAGCUGGCAAGAAUCCAAAACCUGUAUGCAUCAAUCCGCCAAGGCUAGAUUUUAUCGAAGUUUGUGCGAGAUUUUAUGAUCUACACUUUAUUGGAAGAAAUAUGCACGUGUGCUUGGAAAUGAAUGGCAACUUCGAAGGAUUUGAACUUUUCUCACGACAAUUCAACUGUCUCCGCAUGGGUGACAAAGGAAUAAAAGUGCUCAAACCUGGAGAAGGAUCCGGCCUAACCAGACCUCCAGGUUUGGAGGCAGAAAUCGAUGCAGGAACCGAGGAUAUCGACGAUUAUGACGAGGUACUUUCUUGAGAAGAAUCAACAGCACUGAAUUUGAACACGUGGACCAGAGGCUGAGCUCAUCCUGACUUGAUGCAGAAAAUUAUUAUUUUUUGAACAAAGCUAUAUGAAUAUUUUUAAACAUUGAUAAAAUAGAUAUUAAUUUUUAAUUAAUUUUUUUUUAUUAACUGACAGAACAGAGAAUAAAAGUUACGAGAGCUGUUUAGACGAUUUAGAAACUAAA